AUGGAUGAUAUUAAGGCCAUAUCGUUGACACGGGGCCCACAUCUUAGAUCACCCUCAAAUUUAUCACUAGUGCAAUCAGAAAGAGGCAGCACUAUAUCGGAUAUCCCAAGCUUGGAUAGACAAACAUUAACAGAAAGUACCGUUCUACAACGGUAUGAUCUAAGUGCCCUGACGAAAGAACAACUAGUUGUACUCAUGUGCUUCUCAAACGCUAUCAUGUCACAGAGCUUACCAGUAAAAUGUAUACUCAUGACUCUCAAGGCGCUAAAAACCAAUCUAAAUGCAGAAUUGGUUGAAAUUUGUUAUCCAGAUAAGGAGUCCAACGAUUGGGUGGGACAUAGUGUAGGCAAAGAUGGAGUACUACACAAAAAAAAUAUUCAAAGCCCGGAUGCUGGCGCAUUCCAUCAUGCUUUCACAUAUGGAACGUUUGUAAGAAUAGAUAAUUGUGAUGAACAUCCAUUAUAUGAUCAACUAUUCGACAAACAUACAGAUGUGGAACCAAAAAAUAUGCUUGUAUGCCCUCUUGUUGAUUCAAAAAAGUUAGUAUGGGGUGUAGCUGGAAUCGCUAAUUGCCCAUUGAUUGGUAUAGACAGAUUAAACUAUCAAAUACAAUAUUCCAUCUCAACACCCGUGUCGGAACUAGUCAGUGAAACGAAAAGACUAUCGGACCCAAACGUUCUGCCCUCACCUGAAACUUCAACAAAAUCAAUCAGCGCAUCAAACUCUUUCUCGGUGGCUAACAGUAUUUCAACAGACGACCUGCCAUCAUGCCUAGCAGUAUCGGCUUCAUUCAACGAUUCAGAAGGGGAUAGUGGACCGAUCGAUGAUGCACAACUACAAAAUAUAAACGAUGAAAGCCUAGUAUGGGAUGAAAGUAUGGUCACAUUUGCCUUACAAAUAUGUGAUAUCGGUGGGCAAUGUAUUUCGAACGCAAUCGGAUGGAGACAAUUAGAUGCGACAAGGGACAAGGCCGAUGGUCUCUUGACGCUUAUGCACUCCUUAUUCGCAGACAGAUUGGGGAUACAAUCCUGCGUUGUUGCCCUUACAACACACGCAAGGAAACUCAUACAGGCUGAAAGAUGUACUGUAUAUAUCGUAGAUCGAUCACAUGACCAACUCUGGUCAAUCUCAUCUGACGACGGUUCACAAGUCAUAGUGCCACUCAGUCACGGAUGUGCAAGCAAAUGUGUUAUUAGUGGUGAGGUCAUUGUCAUCGAAAAUGCUUUCGAGGACGAAAGAUUUGUACCCGAAGUCGAUUCACGUGCUGGAGUUGAAAUCAGAAACGUGGCAUGGGUGCCAAUCAAAAGCAGUGAUUGUAAUCGUGUUCUUGCAGUUAUAGAGGUCAUCAACAAACAAGCGGAUGAGCUACUACACUUUGGAGAGGACGACCUGAGAUUACUAGAAAUAUUCUCAGGUAUUGUAGGGCCGCAAUUGGAGAAGUCUGACUUCGCUGUCUACGUAUCUCAACCUGCCGAAACGGAGGCGGGGCUCGCAUUUAAAACAAUACCGCAGGCUAUGGCAUCUGCCUCAAGGCAGCAUAUACCAGAGCCGUGCAUCCCCGAAACCGAGGAAGAAUAA